AGAGCGAGCGACUGAGGGCGAGAGCGAAGUGACUGACAGAGGGGGAAGGGGAGACUCAUUGAGCGUUAGAUUGGACGAGGCGGAGAAAUAAAACCUGGUGUGUGGCAGUCAGCUGGAGACGGAGAGAAACACAGAGAGAAAGGGGAAGGAGAAAACACAAAAGGAGGCAGGCUGGUGUUGUAACAGAAGCGGGGUCGGGCUUAGAGAGGGGCAGACAACAGAGAGAAACACGCACGCUCAGGCUGAGCGAAGCCUCAACAAGCCAUGCCCAUCGUGUCUGCAAGCACAGGGCUGCAUGAGACACUGGCCCUGCUCACCUCUCAGCUCCACCCAGAUGCCAACCAUAAAGAGGACCUGGUCUUCCUCAAAGAUGUCUUCAGUGAGAAAAGCCUUGGUUACCUCAUGAAGAUCCAUGAGAAACUGAAGCAGUAUGAGAAACAGAGCCCGACUCCCGUUCUACACAGCGCCUCCUAUCUGGCAGAGGACCUGGCAGAGGAGCUUCAGAAUGGGCCACUGGAGGACGAUGAAAGAGAGCUGCUUCUCUUGCUGAGCACUCCUCACCUCAAGGCAGUGCUGUCAGCCCACGACACGGUGGCCCAAAAGAACUUUGACCCGAUUCUGCCACCGCUGCCAGAGGAUCUGGACGACGACCUGGAGGAAGAGUCGGUGAAGAUCGUUCGCCUGGUGAAGAACAAGGAACCCCUGGGAGCGACUAUUCGGAGAGACGAGGCAACGGGAGCUGUAAUCGUGGCCAGAAUCAUGAGGGGAGGGGCCGCCGACCGAAGUGGUGAGACAAACCCUGUUCACACAUCAAAUAUACAUCAAAACUCAAAUGUUGGUUGCAAGGGUGUAGUUUUGGUCUCAACAUUGGUAGGGACGCAACAACCCCAUUUACCCUCCAAAACAAAAAGACUUUUUAAUGCCGUCAACCAAACAGAAUGCCCUUACACAAAUGUAAUAUAUGUACAUGUGUUGAAUUUCUAUGUAUGAAAUAUAUGUACUGUACAUAUGAAGUAAAAUCAUAUAUGUCUUUAAGUAUAGCCUAUAUGUAAAAAUUACAUAUAAAACCUGUUGGAAAUUGGAACAAUAACAUAUAUUGACAUAUAUGUCUAGCUAAUAGAAACAUGUAUUUUAGUAUGUCUGUUUAAAUUACAGACGUAUGUUACAUAAAUAUAUAUCCAUCCCUAAGCCUGUCAGUAUAUGUUCAUAUUAUAUAUGUAAAUAUAGAAGAUAGACAUGUAUGAUUGAAUAAAAUAAUAAAUUACUAUGAAAAUCAUAUACAAACCUAUAGAAUUUUAAUAAGAAUGUUGUUUUAAAGAAGUUGCAUUUUACUAUGAGUAUUUCAUAUAUAUUAUAAACUUUAUAUAUCCAGGGGAUGUAUAUCUGUCAUAAUAAUAAGUGACACAUAUGGUAACAUCACUCUUGAUAAAAGGACAUAUAUGUCAUAAGUCAGAGUAUACUAAGGCAUAAAAAAGUCAUUUUAUAUUAGGGCAUAAAAAGUCAUAAAAAUGGCAUAGUAUAGUUCGGCAUAAAAAGGUCAAAGUAUAGUAAAGCAUAAAAAGGUCAUAGUAUAGUAAGGCAUAAAAAUUAAAAAAAAAAAAAAAACCAUAAUAUAUUAAGGCAUAAAAAGUCAUAAAAACGUCAUAGUAUAGUAAGGCAUAAGAAGUCAUAAAAUGGUCAAAGUAUAGUACGGCAUAAAGAAUCAUAAAAAAUAGCAUAGUAUAGUAAGGCAUAAAAAGGUCAUAGUAUAGUAAGGCAAAAAAAGUCAUAAAAAGACCAUAGUAUACUAAGGUAUAAAAAUUCAUAAAAAACGUUGCAGUUAUAGUAAGGCAUAAAAAGGUCAUAGUAUAGCAAGGCAUAAAAGUCAUAAAAUGGCAUAGUAUACUGAGGCAUAAAAAGGUCAUAGUAUACUAAGGCAUGAAAAGUCAUAGUAUAGUAAGGCAUAAAGAGUCAUAAAAAACAGCAUACUAUAGUAAGGCAUGAAAAGGUCAUAGUAUAGUAAGGCAUAAAAAGU